CCCCCACCUGCCCACAGGUGUCCCUGACCCAGGCGAGUGGUGAGCAUGGCCGAGCAGGAGCCCACAGCCGAGCAGCUGGCACAGAUUGCAGCUGAGAACGAGGAGGAUGAACACUCGGUCAACUACAAGCCCCCAGCCCAGAAGAGCAUCCAAGAGAUCCAGGAGCUGGACAAGGAUGAUGAGAGCCUGCGAAAGUACAAGGAGGCCCUGCUGGGCCGUGUGACUGUCUCUGCAGACCCCAACGUCCCCAACGUCACUGUGACCCGCCUGACCCUGGUGUGCAGCAGCGCCCCGGGCCCCUUGGAGCUGGACCUGACAGGUGACCUGGAGAGCUUCAAGAAGCAGUCGUUUGUGCUGAAGGAGGGUGUGGAAUAUCGGAUAAAGAUCUCUUUCCGGGUGAACAGAGAGAUCGUGUCGGGCAUGAAGUACAUCCAGCACACAUAUAGGAAAGGCGUCAAGAUUGACAAGACUGACUACAUGGUGGGGAGCUACGGGCCCCGGGCAGAGGAGUAUGAGUUCCUGACCCCCAUGGAGGAGGCACCAAAGGGUUCCCUCACCCUGUCAUGCCUGAGUCCUGGCUUUAGAAGGAAGUGGAGCAUCCUGUGGGGUCUCCUGGGGUGCUUUCAUCCUCUUGAGCCCUGUCUCCUGCUUCCAAGGUGGAGCGGGGCACAGGACCUCAUGGGGGCCAGGCCAUCUCUCUGGCCAGUUCAUCCAUCGCUGUCAGUACCGUCUAACCAUGAUGCCUUAACAUGUGGCACGUGCUGUGGGGGCCUCACUAACCUCUAACUCCCCCGUGUCUGCAUGAGCAUGUGGUCUCCCCUGCCCCGUUCGCGAAGCCGGUAACCUGGGGAGGUGUCGGGGGUGCUGCUGCUGCUGCUGGCCUGCCAGGGCCCAGCCAGCCCCUCCCCUCCCCCACCAGGCCUGUGGGGACGGCUCUGGUGGCUUGGGGAAAGCCAAAUUGCCAAAACUCAAGUCGCCUCCAGUCCCAUCCCGGAGGCCUCUGCCUUCUCUGUCUCAGUGGGUGGAGCUCAAUCCACCCCCCAGAGAGCCCUGGAGGACAAAGCCAGCGGCCGAGCCUUACUCAUCCCACCUGGGCCCGCCGGCCUGGAAUUGCGUGCCUGGCCUGUCAGUAUUUAUUGCCUCCAUAUGUGCCGUCCCUGGGCCGGCUGGCCUGUGCCUCUGCCCCCAGGCUCUCGGUGCCACCAUCCCGGGCAGGCCCUCCCCAGCCCAGCAGGACAAAUGUGGGACCAAGCGCACACAGCUGAGAGCCGUCUCCUGUGCCUCCCUGCCCCGUCCCCGGUCUUCGUGUCGUGUCUGCCGGGCUCAGGCAGAGGCGCCUGUCCCUGCUUCUCCUUUUCUGACCGGGAAAUAAACGCCCCCGAAGGAGC